GCUAUAAAUACUGUGUUGAAGAAAGCAAAAUCAUGGUAUUCCAUUUCAUACAACAAGAACAAAAAUAAUAAACAAAAACAAAAUAUGGUUCAGCAGAGUCUGAGCAACGUGCACGUUCUUGUUCUGCCAUACCCAGCCCAAGGCCACAUCAACCCCCUCCUCCAAUUCGCCAAGCGGUUAGCCUCCAAGGGCGUAAAAGCCACUGUUGCCACCACCCACUACACCGCCAACUCCAUCGCCGCCCCAAACAUCACCGUCGAACCCAUCUCCGAUGGCUUCGACAGAGCCGGCUUCGCCGAGGCCAACAACGACGUUCAACUCUUUCUCUCCUCCUUCCGAACCAACGGUUCCAGGACACUGUCCCAGCUCAUACAGAAGUACCACCAAACUCCCUCCCCAAUCACCUGCAUUGUGUAUGAUUCGUUCUUCCCGUGGGCUCUCGAGGUGGCCAAGGAGCAUGGCGUUUAUGGGGCAGCGUUUUUCACCAACUCUGCGGCGGUGUGCAGCAUUUUCUGCCGCAUACACCGUGGCUUAAUUGAGGUUCCUGUUGGCGCGGAAGACCUUCCUCUUCGAGUUCCUGGGCUUCCUCCCUUGGAUUCCCGUGCUCUCCCCAGUUUCGUGAGGUUCCCACAGAGCUACCCCGCUUACAUGGCCAUGAAGUUGAAUCAGUUCUCUAACUUGGACAAAGCGGAUUGGAUGUUCAUCAACACCUUUCAAACAUUGGAAAGCGAGGUGGUGGUGGGCUUGACGGAGCUCUUUCCGGCGAAGAUGAUAGGGCCUAUGGUCCCUUCUGCAUACUUGGACGGGAGGAUUAAAGGGGACAAAGGGUAUGGAGCAAGUCUAUGGAAGCCACUGAACGAAGAGUGCAGUGAUUGGUUGGAAGAAAAGGCUCCUCGGUCUGUGGUGUACAUCUCCUUUGGAAGCAUGGUCUCAUUGACAGCAGAACAGGUGGAAGAGGUGGCUUGGGGGUUGAAGGAAAGUGGUGUGAAUUUCUUGUGGGUUUUAAGAGAAUCUGAGCAGGGUAAAUUGCCUUGUGGAUACAGAGAUUUAGUAAAAGAUAAGGGUCUGAUUGUGGCAUGGUGCAACCAACUUGAAUUGCUGGCUCACCAAGCCACUGGUUGCUUUGUGACUCAUUGUGGCUGGAAUUCCACCCUUGAAAGCCUUAGCCUUGGUGUUCCUGUUUUGUGUUUGCCACAAUGGGCUGAUCAGUUGCCUGAUGCUAAAUUUUUGGAUGAAAUCUGGGAGGUGGGAUUGUGGCCCAAGGAGGAUGAUAAUGGAAUUGUUAGGAAGCAGGAAUUUGUGAGUAGUUUGAAGGUUGUGAUGGAGGGUGAUAGAAGUGAAGAGAUAAGAAGGAAUGCCAGCAAAUGGAAGAAGUUGGCUAGGGAAGCAGUUAGUGAAGGUGGAAGCUCUGAUAAACAUAUUAAUCAAUUUGUGAAGUAUUUGAUGAGUGCAGAUAAGAAUGGAAGUUUGAAUGUACAUUGAGUGGCUAUCCUGAUCAAUAGUUGUUGGUGGACGCAUGUGUUUUGGGCUCAUCUGUCUUCAUUUUUCAAUGUGAAAAAUGAGGUAAAUGUGUGGAAUCUUUGGCCAAUUUCCUUAUUUCUUUAGGCAGGAAUAGCUUUCUUUUUCUACUUUAUCAUGUAUCUGUUUCAAAUUCUUGAUCAUAAAGAUGCAUCAGUUCCCCUA